AUGGCCAGCCCCAAUGGCAGUCUAUCAACCCCCAAAGCUACGCCUAUCAAAACAAAGACCCAUCGCAAACCAUUUCAGUCGUACUCCAAAGCUCCGUCUCCCAACGCCUCGGUACCACAAUCAUAUUCAGCUAACGGCUCACUCGCACCGUCACCUAAUGCCUCUAGGCGGCCCAGCUUUCAACAAGACCCGCAAACGCCGUCAAGACGAUCAAUUCAUCUGAAUCGGUCUUCAACUAUCAGCCGGCAGUUUGGUCAUGCUGAGCCUGACUCAAGUCCAACAAGACAACUAAGUUAUAUGAGUCCGACUAGGCAAGGAACUCAUCUCUCGCGCCCUCAGCGAUCAUGCUCACCCCGUCAGCAUUCGGUACACACCUUUCAGCCCCCGACUCCUGCCCACGCUUUUCAUCCUGAAGAUCCCGAGACGCAAGAGGAUGACGAAUCCUCACCACCUCCCCCACCUCCGCCUCAUCGAGUCGCAUACAGUACCAGACCUUCAACACCAUCCAACAACCAAUCAGAUAUGCCUCAAAAUCAUUCACCAGCACCAGUUUCUGCCAGAACAAGUGGACAAACACCGUCGCCAUUACGAGAUGCUAUGGAUGAUGUGAUGUCGUCUCUUGAUCACAUGCAGAUGCGUCCACACCAAGACGCUCUUUCGCCCGAGGAAGAACAUCAACCAAUAGAUCCUUGGUCACCCGAAGCUUUCGAAGAGUUUCGAAGAAGUGCAAAACCUCGAGCAAAGCGACGACCGCGAUCAUCAUUAGGCAUUGCUUCGUCUCAGCUUGGUCAAGGCGAUUUUGGGGAUGGCGACCAGGAAAGGGAGAACGAACCUUAUGAAAAUGAGCUACCGCAAAACGGUGACGAAGUAGAGCCGCUAGAGCAACGGCUCCCAAACGCGCAGAUUGGAUGCGCAAGGCCUUCCAAUGAGCUAUUCCUACCACAGGGCGUCGUCGAUCAGCCUCCAGCGGUGCCACCAAAAAACCCUGGUCACGUAGAAAGGCCGUUGUCAUCUUUUGGUGCAAGAGAAUCUGUAACUUCUAGCGUCAGCUCCAGUCGACGACUACGUGCUCGGAAAUCGGCUUACGAGCUUGGACGCAACGUUCUGGGUCGAACUUUUUCUACCAAAACGAGCACCACUAACUCUUCGAGCGGAGUCCAAAGCGUAUCCACAAAUGGCACGACAAGUACAGGACGAACAAGCCAAAGCAUCAUGAGCGGCCACUCUGCCGGAGGUUUCAGCGCGACUAGUGCUGGUAGCUAUGCUCGGCGUAAAUGGGGUAGCAUUAGUGGGAGUCGGCCGCAAAGCGUCAUUGAUAUAAGGCACGAUGCACCCCUUGAUAUGAAGCAUGCGAGCAGUGCCGCUGGCGAUAUGGGCUUCAAUCACCUCUCAAGCUAUCCUUCAAGACCAGAGUCUAGAGCAAGUCAAAAGCAUUCUGAAAGUGCAAUGGACGCCAGUAGACCUCUCGGAGGACUCAUGACCCCAAAGAAGAAAAGGAGUGGUUUCUUCAAAAAACUUGUCGAUUCAGCAAAAGCUGGCGCGGCAAGCACUCGAAGCACAAUAGCUGACGGACGAGUCGAGUCGCAGCGGUCACCGGUGAAGAGCCUGAUACCGAAUGGUGUUACAGCGAUCGCCGGGGGAACAGCAGCAAGAGACAUGGGUCUCGGUGGCCAUAAGUAUGACACUGAUUGGGUUCAGGUGAGACGUGAUGUCAACAGAUCGAAUUCUUUAAGCCGCAUCGAGAGGACAGAACGUAUCGAGAAAUGCCAAAUGAUGAACUACCCUGUCAUAGCGUCUGUUGACGAGUUGGUCGAAACCGUUGAAGGAGACGAAGACGUUGAAGGAAUGCCGGUGCAGCAGCCCGUUGAUUAUCAGUCUGUAAACGUGCAGCUUGUUGACAAGAGUGCACGCUUCGUCAAUAGUCUACCUCCAAUGACCAAUGCAAUCAGUCUAGCCCAGGGAUAUCUGUGUCGACCCUAUCGCAGCGAUAUCCAGCGUCUAAGAGCUAUUUUCACUUGGACGAGUGAAAAAUUGGCAUGGGAAGAAGACUUUGAGGGAGACGUUGACACAAAACGUGUGAUUCAAGGGCGAAGAGGCUGCGCUGAAGAGAUUGCGGUCCUUGUAUUUGAAAUGUGCGCGGCUGUCGGUCUUCAAUGCGAGGUAGUCAGAGGAUACCUUAAGUCACCAGGUGAGAUUGCCGAGACUGUACGGCCAAAUCACUGGUGGAAUGCUGUCGUAGUGGAUGGAUGCUGGAGAUUGAUGGAUUGCUCUCUAUCGAGUCCCACAAACCCCAGAAGGGGUCUCUAUUCCAGAGCUGGAGCCCAAGUUGCUGAGAAUGGGUUCUUCCUGGCCAGACCACUAGAGGCUUGCUACACCCACAUCCCAUCACAUUUCGAGCAACAGCAUUUAUGCCCACCAAUCGCUGAAGAGGUUCUUCUCGCCCUCCCAUGCUGCUGUCCUCCUUACUUCAAAGAAGGUCUUUGUCUCGUGAAUUACGACACAAGCCUCUAUCGAAUCGAAAAUCUCGAGCUGGUCCACGUACAGUUCACAGCACCAUCAGAUGUCGAAUGUGUAGCAGAAGUGGAAGCACGCUCUUUCGCUCGGGACGCAGACGGUGAUUUCUUCGAGAGUGGCGAUACAACUACGAUCCGUGCUCUUGUACAAGCGGAAUGGGUCAACGGCCAGAAACGAUUCACUGUCAAAGCUCACCUCCCCGGCGAUGAGGGCCAAGGUACAUUGAAGGUCUUCGCCGGGAAACGCGGCCUGAUGCAUUCGGUCAAAACCAACCCACAUCCCCUGGCCUUCACCUUGCCCAUCGUUCACACAGGCGAGAAUCCCCCUUACGAGUUCCUACUCCGUCAUCCCACGCCCCACGCUCUGCGUCACGACCUCUACGUCGCACAACCACAAUGCCGACGCCUGGCGCUUAACAACACGUUUGUCUUCGCAGUCCGCCAGCAUCCCUCUUCCCUCGGCUGUCUAUCUCCCGCUGAGCAGCGUUCUCACUCGCCAAAUCCGUUCACAAGGCCUUCUUCCGCGAUGUCAAUGGUCUCGAGCGUACAAUCAGAUUAUUUCUCACAGACGAGCUCAAACAGUAGCAAUGCCAGUAGCAAUCAGCAGAGGCAAGAGGCAGCACAGGAGAAACCUGCUAAAUUGGCAAUUCAAUCUCCCAGUGGCAAGAUCAUCCGAUUGAUGAGGAAAAGUGAUAAUUGCAUUAGUAGCGAUGAGGCUGCCGAUGGAGGGGUAUGGGAGACGAUCAUCAAGGUCGGGGAGCGAGGUGUCUGGAGGGGACUGGUGUUGGCGGAUCGAAGCGCGAGGUGGUGCGUUUUCGGGGAGUGGGAUUGUGUCUGA